UGCUUUUCUUUUCUUGUCCUGUAGAAUUGUUCUGAUGGACGACGCCAUCGACUGUCUGAUGUCUUUCUCUGAUUUCGUUUACGCCCUCCAGCUGCAGUUUUACUACCAAGAGUUCCUGGACAGCGUGCUGCUCAUCUACCAGGACCUGUUAGCGGGGAAGAGUCCGAACACCGUCAUCGUCCCCACGUCCACCUCCAUCGAGCAGCUCCCCUCUGUGGCUGCGGAGGAGAACGACACGGAGGAGCAGCGGCAGCAGGACGGAGUGGAUCCGUCCACUCUGGCUCAGUGUGUGGACGCCCUCUGUGAGCGGUUCAAACACAGUCAUCCUCCCAGGUCCUGUAUAGGGGAAGUACUGGAACAGACCAACAAAGUCUCGUACUACAGCUUCUUAAUGAGCCUGGCCAAACACGAGACCAUCAACCAAAAUAUUGGAGCGUUACCCAGCAAGGCAGAGCUGCUCAUUGACCCAGAGAUGGACCAGGAACUGGACAAACUAAUCGCUCAAAUCUCAGUGAGUCCAGGCAGCAACAGCAGCGGCAGCGCGGUGGGCGCGCUGAAGGAGGUGCAGAGGAAGGCCUCCCCCAGGAGGAACAUCCACCACAGGAGGAAGAUGGAGGUGGAAAGCGACGGCUCCACAGAAGAGACGGACUCCUCUGAAAACUGACCUCUGAGCUUUCACCACUGCGUGACUCUUUAACGGCUGUGUGGUCAAACAUGUCUUUGCCAUUACUAUGGAAACCCACUAACUAGAGGCAGAUCAGCGCACACGUCACACGGACAGAACACACCAUCGUCUCGUUGUCUUUGUGCUGUGUGGUCCCGGUCUCAUGUCUGCAUGUGGUCAUGUGACGUGCUGCUCUGCUGCUGCAGGGCGUAAUCUGACCAAACUAAAUGUUUGCAUUGGUGGUCUAUAUAAUCAAGCUGAUUAUAGAUAUAUAACAGUAACACUCCACAUACAGUAUGGUUCUCUGUCUGUUGUUAAGCAUGUUAAAGAACACACUCUUAUUCCUGUCUGUUCAUAACCUGCUCAAGCAUGAACUGUAUUUAUAGCGCUAAUGUAUUUAUUACUUUUUUCAUUGAAGAAUGAAACAGAGCUCAAUAUGUGAAUGUGAUAGGACACUAAUCAAUAUCCUCACUCACACUGUGAAUAAUAAAGACGUAACUGUGAAA